GGGAACUGGACUGAUGAUCCAGGGAGCUGCACAGAUGAUCCAGGGAACUGGACUGAUGAUCCAGGGAGCUGCGCAGAUGAUCCAGGGAACUGGACUGAUGAUCCAGGGAGCUGCGCUGAUGAUCCAGGGAACUGGACUGAUGAUCCAGGGAACUGGACUGAUGAUCCAGGGAACUGGACUGAUGAUCCAGGGAACUGGACUGAUGAUCCAGGGAACUGGACUGAUGAUCCAGGGAGCUGUGCAGAUGAUCCAGGGAACUGGACUGAUGAUCCAGGGAGCUGUGCAGAUGAUCCAGGGAACUGGACUGAUGAUCCAGGGAGCUGUGCAGAUGAUCCAGGGAACUGGACUGAUGAUCCAGGGAGCUGUGCAGAUGAUCCAGGGAGCUGUGCAGAUGAUCCAGGGAACUGGACUGAUGAUCCAGGGAGCUGUGCAGAUGAUCCAGGGAACUGGACUGAUGAUCCAGGGAGCUGUGCAGAUGAUCCAGGGAACUGGACUGAUGAUCCAGGGAGCUGUGCAGAUGAUCCAGGGAGCUGGACUGAUGAUCCAGGGAGCUGCACAGAUGAUCCAGGGAGCUGGACUGAUGAUCCAGGGAGCUGCACAGAUGAUCCAGGGAGCUGCACAGAUGAUCCAGGGAACUGGACUGAUGAUCCAGGGAGCUGCGCAGAUGAUCCAGGGAACUGGACUGAUGAUCCAGGGAGCUGUGCAGAUGAUCCAGAGAACUGGACUGAUGAUCCAGGGAGCUGUGCAGAUGAUCCAGAGAACUGGACUGAUGAUCCAGGGAGCUGUGCAGAUGAUCCAGGGAACUGGACUGAUGAUCCAGGGAGCUGUGCAGAUGAUCCAGGGAACUGGACUGAUGAUCCAGGGAGCUGUGCAGAUGAUCCAGGGAGCUGUGCAGAUGAUCCAGGGAACUGUGCAGAUGAUCCAGGGAGCUGUGCAGAUGAUCCAGGGAACUGGACUGAUGAUCCAGGGAGCUGUGCAGAUGAUCCAGGGAACUGGACUGAUGAUCCAGGGAGCUGUGCAGAUGAUCCAGGGAGCUGUGCAGAUGAUCCAGGGAACUGUGCAGAUGAUCCAGGGAGCUGUGCAGAUGAUCCAGGGAACUGGACUGAUGAUCCAGGGAGCUGUGCAGAUGAUCCAGGGAACUGGACUGAUGAUCCAGGGAGCUGUGCAGAUGAUCCAGGGAACUGGACUGAUGAUCCAGGGAGCUGUGCAGAUGAUCCAGGGAACUGGACUGAUGAUCCAGGGAGCUGUGCAGAUGAUCCAGGGAACUGGACUGAUGAUCCAGGGAGCUGUGCAGAUGAUCCAGGGAACUGGACUGAUGAUCCAUGGAGCUGUGCAGAUGAUCCAGGGAACUGGACUGAUGAUCCAGGGAGCUGUGCAGAUGAUCUAGGGAACUGGACUGAUGAUCCAGGGAGCUGUGCAGAUGAUCCAGGGAACUGGACUGAUGAUCCAGGGAGCUGUGCAGAUG